GCACCUUGUUUGGCUCAGUCUCCUCCGCGCGUAAUGCGGAGCGGACACACGGAGAGACACGCGACUCCACAUACGCACGCGGUUCAUGGAGGUGUGGAGAAUUCAGAAUGAGAGCAUUGAUUACAUAUAGAUUCAUAUAAAAGGAGACUGAGUGAAUCCCUGACGACACUUCCACUUCCACUUUGUUGUGCGCACUUUCCAAAGUGAGCAGAUGUCGCCGCAGAGCAUGUCGCUGUGUGGAGGCUCGUGGAUGAGGCUGACAGCAGCGCUGCUUCACCUGAGUCUGUUCCUGCAGCUGGAGCUUUGGGAACCGACAGAGGCCAUCCACCCAGACUGUGCUCUGGUGCUUCAGCACAUGAAAGCUCAGCAUGAAUGUAACCAGAUCAUCCAACAGGAGGAAAACAACCGCUCCAUCAGGACAGGUUGUCCGACAGUGUGGGACGAAAUUCGGUGCUGGAACCGCGCUGAGGUGGGACAGGUGGUCAGCGUCUCCUGUGCCAACGUGUCCCAGCUGUUUGCUAAUAAUGAAGGUUACAUCUACAUGAACUGCACAGCACACGGCUGGUCCGAGGCGUACCCCUCCUACGAGAAAGCCUGCGAGUUUGCCGAGGACGAGGAGACAGAACCAGAGACGACUUACUUCUCCAACUUCAAACAGGUCUACACCGCUGGCUACGCCACAUCCCUGGUCUCUCUCAUAACGGCCAUCUUUGUCUUCACUGUCUUCAGGAAGUUCCACUGCACCAGGAACUACAUCCACAUCAACCUUUUCUUCUCCUUCAUCCUGAGAGCCAGCGCCGUCUUCAUCAAAGAUGGCGUCCUGUUCGCUGAUGAAAACCUCGACCACUGCCUCAUGUCGACCACGUCCUGUAAGUCGGCCGUGGCCUUCUUCCAGUUCAGCAUCCUCGCCAACUACUUCUGGCUGCUGGUGGAAGGCAUGUACCUGCAGACGCUGCUCGCGUUCACCUUCGUCUUCCAGAAGAAAUACUUCUGGUGGUACAUACUCAUCGGCUGGGGUCUUCCUACAACAAUCAUAACAGCGUGGAUCCUCACUCGAAACUUCUACGAUAACAGGGGAUGCUGGGACGACACAGACGAGCCGUUCAUCUGGUGGAUCAUAAAAGCUCCAAUAACGGCAUCGCUGCUGGUGAAUUUCAUCAUCUUCAUCAACGUGAUUCGUAUUCUGGUCCAGAAGCUGAGGUCUCCUGGUGUCGGGGGCAACGAUACCAGUCACUUCAAGAGACUGGCCAAAUCCACGUUGCUGCUCAUCCCUCUGUUUGGGAUGCACUACAUGCUGUUCGCCUUCCUGCCGGAAACCACGGGAGCAGAAGCUCGACUCUUCAUAGAACUGGGUGUGGGAUCCUUUCAGGGGUUCGGUGUGGCCUUGCUCUACUGUUUCCUGAACGGUGAGGUGCAGGCAGAACUAAAGAAGAGGUUCUGGAAGUGGCAGACGGUGUGUCAGACUCAGAGCUACCUGAGCUACAGCAAACGGCGGCGUACGCUGUUCACCGAGAGCAGCACGGUCACUCAGAUAUCGGUGCUGGACAAAUCCAGUCCCAAAGACCAGCCUCAGGUCUCAGAGACACAGACUCUCAGUCACACGGCGGCGCCCAGCACGGUCUGAGGAACUCUGGACUGCUUUAACCUGACCCUAAUCAGCACUGUUGAAUGUUUAAAGUACUCCUCAUCUUUUUUUAAGGUAAUGUUUUUGUUUUUUUUAAUUUAGAAUCUCUCAAGUGUUAAAAGUAACGUACUCGCGCUGUUUCAGGAAGCCGGCGAAUCAGAGUCUUUGUCACCAGAGAGGUGCUUCCAUUUUUUUGGCCUGUUUUUAGACAAUUUUACAAAUUUAUCAAAUUUAACACGCAAAAUCUGGUGUUCUUUCUACAACUAGAAUUUUAUUUUUUUUUUGUUUAUUUUAGUAAAUGUUUUGUUUUUCUUCAUUUGCAAUUGUUAAAACAGUUUUUUAACACACAGUAAAUUGUAAAUAACUGCCAGAUAUUGAAACAGGGCGUUUUUUGGCCAUUUUCUGGUUAAAAUAAGGGGAGAAAAAAUGUUCAGAUGGACAUUUUGUCACAUUACAACCACACAUUUUUAAGUAUUUUUAUUUCAUUUUAGCUUAAUUUACUUUUUUCACCUCCCCCUAAAACCCCAAAAGUAACCUGCAGUGCAAGUCACAUGAUCAGUAAAUCCCGUCCACCUGUGUGCAGUUUAAUCACAGCAUAAAACACCUGCUCUGUGACGACCUGUGAACAAACCUCAGCAGACGUCAGGGGUGAAGUUGUGGGGAAGUUAAAAGCAGCGUGAGGCUGAAUACUUGGGGGGUGGAUACGUAUGCAAGGCACUGUUUAUGUCACUGAACGUCAUGGUUUUGCCCGGGAGGUUUCAUUUUCAAGCCACAACUGACUCAUUUCUCCCUUUUUAACAAAAGCACUGAUGCCACAAUGAAGGAGAAAUUGCUGUUUGAACAGUUUGAACCUGCUUCACUUCACUGGAUCCC